AGCUCCGCUUUUGACCGCGACGCCGCGAGGGAUUUUUCGACUCGACCGCCAUGGAGUCGGUGGAGGCGCCGCGGCAGGCGGCGCCCAUGAAGCUGAAUCUGGGGCAGGAGGUGACUCCGGCCCUUCUGGGGGAUCAGCUGACUGGGCUGAUGGCCAAACAGCACGAGCAGGUCUUAGAGCGUCUCCAGCUGCACGAGACUUUGCUGCGGGAGGCGCUCUCACCCCGCGGCCUGCGCCUGGGGAGCCUUAAGUCGCCGUACGGCACCAGCGAGGUCAUCAACAAGCAGAGCUCAGUUAAAUCGGCGAUCUUUAAGACCUUCGACCAGUGCGAGUUGGAGAAGCAGGAGGGUGCAGCAGACGUCCAAAGGCGGAAGAUCAAAGAGUCCUUUGAGUAUCAGGAGGUUGUGCUAUCCGAAGCCAAGGUUCCACCCUGCGCGGAGCGGAUUGUAAAUCAUGCUGCUUUCGACGCGUUCUUCGCGCUGGUGGUGUUGACCAACUCCUUUUUCAUAGGAAUCGAUAUCGAAAUGAGCUUGGCCAAUGGUGGGGAGCGGCCAACGAGCAUUCGAGUGGUGCAGCAUCUCUACACGCUUUUGUUUUCGGUGGAGCUGGCUAUGCGGCUUUGCGCGCGGGGCUGGAAGCUGUUUACGGGCGAUGAUUGUUUCUGGGCCUGGCUGGACCUCUUUAUUGUGACUACGUCUAUAUGGGAGGUUUUGGUCGACUUGAUCCACUUGGUCGUUCCGGACUCGGAUGUUGGUGGCCUGGUCGGGAUGUCGACUCUCAAAGCCUUUCGCAUCGUCCGCAUCACACGGAUUGUGAAGGCGGUGCGCAUGAUCCGAGUCUUCCGUUUCGUGAUAGCCUUCCGAACCUUGAUCACCUCGAUCGUCCACACCUUCAAAUCCCUGGCUUGGGCGCUGAUGCUGCUGCUGCUCAUCGUUUACGUCUUUGCGGUGCUGUUUACCCAAGCGGUCAAUGACCAUUUGCGGCACCACACACUAUCUGACCCAGAUCUUCAGGCUGCUGAGAGAUUCUUCAGCUCCCUGCCGGAGACGAUGCUCAGCCUUUUCAUGUGCGUUGCGAAUGGGGUCAGCUGGGUGGAAGUGAUCCGGCCGUUGAAGGCGGUGUCUACGGUUUGGGUCUUCCUGUUCAUUUUCUACAUUUCGUUCACGUAUUUUGCGGUGCUUAAUGUAGUUACGGGUGUUUUUUGUCAAGCAGCCAUGGAGGGUGCCAAGUCUGACCAUCAGACUGUGAUGCACGCGAUCUUGGCUGACAAACAGAAACACCUCGCAAAGAUCCGGGCGCUCUUCAACGAGAUUGGUAAACACCAGGAUGGGUACAUCACCUACGCCAUGCUCGAGGAGAAGGUGAACUCCCCUGAGGUUCGCGACUACUUCGGGUCUCUGGGCCUGGACAUUUGGGACGCGUGGUCCUUCUUCAAGCUCUUGGACCUCGAUGAGGGCGGCUCCGUGGAGAUCGAGGAGUUCCUCAUGGGCUGCUUGAGACUCCGCGGCAGCGCCACGGCGAUGGACGUGCAGAAGAUCAUCAACGACCAGCGGUGGACCAUGAAGACCCAGGGGAAGUUCCACGCCUACAUGGAGGUGGAGUUGAAGCAGCUCAGGGACCAGCUGGCCAUCUUGACUGGCGUGCGCUGUUCGACUCCACAAGUCACGGAUUGAGAUGCGCCUCGGAUGGGCUGUUGCCAACCACUUCCCGAGUUGGACUUGAAAUGACUUGAAGACUUUUUGGGUUUGGACCAUUCAGUGGCCAGUUCAAACUUUUUGUGCGAGUCUCACAGCGGACCACUGGGAUUUCUCUCGACAAGAGCGGCCACCUUAAGGGUUUGCCGUUGGUGCCAUAGAGCGAUCGAUCGAGGCAUCAGUACAGCCUAAAUUCAAUGGUCGAAGGACUUUGGCUGACCGCACGGUCCUGACUUGACCGCGUCGCGCAACUCGAAAGG